UCACCGUGUUAGCCAGGAUGGUCUCGAUCUCCUGACCUCGUGAUCCGCCCGCCUCAGCCUCCCAAAGUGCUGGGAUUACAGGCUUGAGCCACCGCGCCCGGCCCAAGACAGAUUUUCUUUAGUUAAAACCUGAGAGGCGCCCCCAGCCGACUGUGGUCAGAAGCCCUUUCUCUUACAGACUGAGAGUGUGUAUUGGUUUUAGGGUGAGGGGCUCAUCAGAAGCUCGGAAUGUUUAUGUGUGUGGAGAAGCUCAUGGCAGGGUUGGAAGGACGGGAGGUUAUCUUGGGACAGACAUCUUGCCAGCCCGGAGGUGGAUUUUCUGAAAGCUGGCGUCUUCCCGGCCGGAGGAGGGUUAUCUCGGGCUGGCAUGUCUCUGGUGGGGGAGGAGUUUGGAGUGUUUCUGGUUGGAGAUGUUAUUUGUAGUUUAUGGUUGUGCUGACUUUAGCCAUUAGGCUGAUGCCCUUUGGAUUUAGGCGGUUUUUGGUUAAGGUGAACUUUAGAAUGAGGGGCUUGUCCGAGAUGGUGAUGCUCCUGCUCUGUCACAGAGGAGGGCCAGCGCGAGUUGGCAGGCGAGUGCCCUGGGCUCCUGCGGGAAGAUGGCAGCUGCAGGGGGUCACUUUAUCCAGCCACUGACUCAGCUUGUGGCUGCCACCCUGGGCCCAGGGACAGCCAGGGGCGUCGUCUGCGAAUCACAGGGCCAGCCUGCCAGGGUGGAGACAGGCAGCCAAGGGGCACGAGUGGAUUCGUCUGUGACUGAGGCUCUCCAGGGGUUCUCAGAGGCGUGGCUCUCAGCAUGAGCCCUGAAAGGAUGCCUCGGCUCCCGGUGCAGGCUCAGGGGGCCCUGGGGCCGGAAGAUUUAAGGAAAGAAGUCCCAGUUCCCCGUGAGAGGAACUCUCAGGGCAGGGGAGCCCGCGGCGGCUGAGACUGGGGAUGGGUGGGUCCAGGUGGAGCUUUCAGGCUGUGAUAAGAAGGCUGGUUUCUCCCUCCAGGCCCCAGAAGCCUCCGAGGGGUCCCUGGUGCACCUGGGGCAGGGAGAGUGGGCUGUGGGGAGGCCGCACCAGCUCAGGCACCAGGGGUUGCCAGCCCUGGGGGAGACGAGGUGUUUGCGUGGAGAGAGACUCGCCUCUGUGGGGCAUGGGUGGGGGGAGCCAAGGGUCUGCUCUGGUGUGGCCUCUGCGGGGUCCUGGAGGAGGGCGUGCCAGUGGCCGUGACAGAAGGGCCCGGGUGGCAGGAACUUGCCACCCCGGAGUGGGCCCAGUUCACCAUGUUCUGCAGGGAGCAGCGGUGCCAGGCUCGGCCCUGCCCCCCACUUGCCUUUUAUGUUCUGCAGCUUUUGCGGGGCCCCCAGAUCCUCUGCACGGGAACAGCUUGUACCAGAAGGUUCGGGCGGCCGCGCAGGACUUGGGGAGCACCCUGUUCUCGGACACCGUGUUGCCACUGGCUCCCUCCCAGCCUCUGGGGAACCCGCCUGCCACAGGCAUGGGGUCCCAGGCCAGGCCGCACAGCACCCUCCAGGGUUUCGGCUACAGCAAGGAACAUGGCCGCACGGGUGCAGGCUCGGCAGGCGAAGCCUUCCUCUCCACCAUCCAGAAGGCCGCAGAGGUGGUGGCCAACGCCAUGCGCCCCGGGCCUGAGAGUCCCAGUACCCAGAGGCUCCUGCCGCGGGGUGACACCUACCAGCCUGCCACGAUGCCUUCAGCCAGCCACGGUCCCCCAACCCUGGGGAACCCACUCCCCGGGGCUAUUCCAGGUCCCCGAGCUGUGGGACAUCAGCCUGGGCAGGCCGGAGGGGGCUGGGACGAGCUGGACAGCAGCCCCAGCUCUCAGAAUUCCUCCCAGAACAGUGACCUGAGCAGGGUCUCAGACUCGGGCAGUCAUUCCGGCAGCGACAGCCAUUCAGGGGCCAGCCGGGAGCCGGGCGACCUGCCAGAAAGGGUUGAGGUGGUGGCCCUGAGUGACUGUCAGCAGGAGCUGAGCUUGGUGAGGACUGUGACUCGGGGACCACGCGCCUUCCUGAGCCGCGAGGAGGCACAGCGCUUCAUCAAAGCGUGUGGACUGCUCAACUGUGAGGCUGUGCUACAGCUGCUGACCUGCCACCUGCGUGGGACCAGUGAGUGCACGCAACUGAGGGCCCUGUGUGCCAUCGCCUCCCUGGGGAGCGCCGACCUCCUUCCCCAGGAGCACAUCCUCCUCCGCACACGGCCACGGCUGCAGGAGCUCAGCAUGGGCAGCCCGGGACCUGUGACCAACAAGGCCACCAAGAUCCUGAGGCACUUUGAGGCCUCCUGUGGGCAGCUGUCCCCUGCCCGGGGCACCUCAGCCGAGCCUGGCCCCACAGCCGCCCUCCCAGGCCCAUGUGACCUGCUGACCGAUGCUGUGCCUCUUGCUGGGAGCCAACUCUUCCUCCAGCCUCUGAGUUCAACCGCAGUCUCAUGCCAGAGCCCUGCUCCCUCAUCUGGGAUGCCGCCCAGCCCUGUGCCCACCCCACCCCCGGAUGCCUCCCCCAUUCCAGCCUGCGGAGACCCCAGCAAGGCCGAGGCCAGACUGGCAGAAAGCAGGGGGUGGGGACCUGAACAGGUCCUAGGGGGCACAGACAGCCCAAAGAGAGGCCCCAGCAACUGUGCAUGGAGCCGCGACUCCUUGUUUGCUGGUAUGGAGCUGGUGGCCUGCCCCCGCCUGGUGGGGGCCGGGGCUGCUGCAGGAGAGUCCUGCCUUGAUGCUCCCCGAGCCCCCCAAACAUCGUCCCAGAGGACAGCAGUCAAAGAGCCUCCUGGCUCAGAGCCGUCAGCUUUUGCGUUCCUGAACCCCUGACCCGAUGGCCUGGCCCUGGAGUCGUCAGCUUCAGCUGCUGCCUGGGGGCUCUGUGUUUCCUGAGCAGCCUCAACCGCAGCUGCUACAGUCUCCAGGCAACUUGACCUGAGAGGAGGACCCUAGGGCUACCUCAGUUUCCCCCAUCUCCUCUGCCAGAGGCUCUGGCUAUUUGGACUUGAAUCCCUACAAGGGAUAGGCAGGUGGCAGGGCCCCAGAAGGGUUGAUCUCAGGGGUCCCAGGGGGCAGCCCCUGCUUGUCUUGCCCUCAGACAUGAGGUUUCUUGUGUGAAUAUGGAAGUGACUACCAGGUUCUUUAUUUCAUUUUGAUCUCAGCUCCCUCCUUCCCCAGGAGGUCAUGAGCAGCAAGCCACCGCCUCCCCAUCCCUUCGGGGUGGGCUGGGGGCGGAGGCUGGGUUUGGUGCACGUGGGUUGAGGGUGUCUUGUCCGGGCUGCCUUGUGCUGUCUGGUCUUUGACCGUUUCAAGUUUCAGAUCCCCACGUGACCCUUCCCUGGCUCUCCCCUGCUCCUUCGUGCUGUAAUUGCUUCCUGCACACGAAGCUUCUGAUUGGAGCCUCUGGUCCGUCUCAGAAGAACCUUCCGAGAGCACUGGGGUUUAUGCGUUCUGAAUAAACACUACUGUUUACAUGAAGCCGG